UUAACAUUUCCCUUUCUAUUGAAAAUUUAACCAAAGUUAAAGCCGUGUUUAGUUCGAGAAUUUUAAUUAGAGGUACCAGUCUACUAAGCAUUAUAAUUUUUUUGAAAAUAAAAGACCAAAAUAUGCACGAGUUGCUAGCAGAAUGAAUGACAAGAAGAAACACGAACCAAGAAAUGAUAAUUGAAUUUAUGGCAAUAGACUAAAAAUGUUAUAAAGAACUAUGGUUGCGCCAACUUACAAUUUUGACAACUAUAACCUCAUCUACUAAAUGCAUAAAUUGUAAAAUUAUUAUGAGAAUUAGAAAAGUGGCGGGUUUAACUGGCUUGGAACUAGGCGGAGUAAUAUUCAUCGGAGCUAUUGGAGGUUACUAUAUUUGGAAACCGUUAUUGGUGAAGGUAGCGAACGAACAAAAAUUCAAGAAACCUGAAAAAAUUACAGAAGAAACCCCUAAAGACUAAAGCAUGUCACUACUUAGACGUUGGGUUACCAAACAACGAGGUAACCCAAUUUGGUUGCUAGUUGGUAUUGUGAUGGGUGGUGCAGGCGCAUAUGGGGUUUAUAAAUACACUUUUAAACCAUGGUCAAUGAGAAGGAAAUUUCGAGAAGCUGAAUCUUAUGCUGAAUUCAUUUACAAUCAAGAAAGCAGUACAAAUUCGAGCGAAUAAACAGUAGCAUUGUAUAUACGAUAAAAUGACUAGUUUAUAGGGCUGUAGACUUUUCCUAAUAUAUGUUAACUAA